UCGCUCCCUGCGCCGUGCAACCCCGUCCUCUUAUUGCUCUACCUUUUCCCUCCCCGCUGUCUUCUUCCCUUUUUUUCUGUUUCUCCUCCCAUUCCCUGUCUCUUCCUUCUGUCACUGAAGAUAUGUCUUGUACACCUUUUCUGUCGUAUUCAUGGCCAUUGGAUUUUUUACAACAGCAGUUAGACCUAAAUUGGUAAAUCCCCUGGAUAAUCUCUCUCUCCCUUUCUCAAGCUCCGUGGGAUAAACUAAAUUUUUCAAGUAUCUGAGCAUAUUCUCUAUUAUAUUUCUAGGAGAUUCAGUUAAUUGAAAGUCAAGUACCCGUUUCUGUGUUAGUCAUGCAUUGUGCAAAUGUAACAAAAAUAUAUUUGUAGGUGUAUUGCUUUCCGUUGCAGUAUGUUAAAUAUAGGACACAUGCUAAGGAUAUACUUAAAACAGACACAAUGUUAUCCAUAAACUGCUUCCCACAAACUGAGGACAGCGGGACACUAAGUUCUCACUAGAACAUAGCCCCAGACCAUAGCAGUGGAACCACCCCCUCCAUCCUCCUUGUGAAGUUAGUGUAAAUUCUAUUAACCUUUUUGUUAACUAACUUAGAACAGUUAUCCAUUGCUGUAUGUUAUGAGAAUUGCAAAUAAGUAGUAAGAUUUCUGUUUUAAAAAAUUGUUUUCUUUUUCCAGAUUUUAAGUAGUAUUGAAACUCAUAAAUGAUUAGUGACGCCAUUGAAACCACACAAUGUCAACAAAAGGAUCCAGUAGAUUUGUUUCAUUCUGGGCACUUUGUAAAAAUAUGUGCCCCUAUGGUCCGAUAUUCAAAGUUGGCUUUCAGAACUUUGGUCAGGAAAUACAACUGUGAUUUGUGUUAUACACCAAUGAUAAUUGCUGCUGAUUUUGUCAGAUCUGUGAAAGCUAGAGACAGUGAAUUCACAACAAGCAAAGGUGAUCGCCCACUGAUUGUUCAGUUUGCUGCUAAUGAAGCACAGGUUUUAUCUGAUGCUGCCCGUAUCGUCUGUCCUUUUGCAGAUGGAAUAGACCUAAAUUGUGGCUGUCCUCAGAGAUGGGCAAUGGCGGAAGGUUAUGGUGCUUGUUUAAUAAAUAAACCAGAGCUGGUUCAAGAUAUGGUGAGACAUGUAAGAAAUCAAGUCGAGAACCCCAGAUUUUCAGUGUCUAUUAAGAUAAGAAUCCAUGAUGAUCUAAAGAGAACUGUAGAUCUCUGUCGAAAAGCUGAAGCAACUGGAGUUUCCUGGAUUACAGUUCAUGGUCGAAAUGUAGAAGAACGACAUCAGCCAGUACAUUAUGAUGCAAUUAAAAUAAUUAAACAAAAUAUGUCUAUACCUAUUGUAGCUAAUGGAGAUGUUAAAACUUUAAAAGAUGCAGAGAAUAUUCAUCAUAUAACGGGGACAGAUGGUGUAAUGGUUGCUAGGGGACUCUUAGCCAAUCCAGCCAUGUUUGCAGGAUAUGAAGAUACACCUUUGAAGUGCAUCCAGGACUGGGUUGACAUUGCUCUUGAACAUGGGACUCCUUUUACAUGCUUUCAUCAUCAUUUAAUGUACAUGAUGGAACGGAUAACUUCAAAACAGGAAAAAAAAGGUUUUUAAUGUUUUAUCAAGCACCUCAGCGGUUCUGGACUACCUUAAUGACCACUAUGGGGUGUAACAUCUUUUAAAGUAUUUUAAUCAUGUGAAUAUUGCAUUUUAUAUUUUAGAGUUGCGGGUACAUUGUUAUAGUGAUAGGUUUCCGCAUGCUUAUAUUUAUUAGUCAAAAUCACAGUGCAUGAAAGAUCUCAUGCAGUGUAAUAUUACUGGACAUUUCUGAACUGAUCAUUUUUAUAUUAACAUUAUUUUACACUCAGGAAAUAUUCAUGACUUGAAAAUAGCUUUUUUAUAUAUGGCAAUGCAUUACCAUACACAAGAUUGUGAUGCUGUAAGCAAAGUGUCUUAUUAGAAAAUAAAUUAUUUAUGCAGUACCAAA